AUGAAUUAUCUAAUGAUUCCUGGAAUUGACAAAUUUAAAACUAUUGAAAGUGAAACAAUGAAACAUAUAAAAGAAUUCACUAAAAUUACUACUGAACAUAAAAAAUAUGAUGGUGUUUUAUCUUUAUCUGAUUUUGAUAAUAAUAAUAUUGAUAAUGACAAAAGUCAACUUGAAAUAAAUAAGUUCAUCGAUCCAAAUCAGAAUAGUAUUAAUGAUUAUCAUUUUGAUUUAUCUAUUGAGAAUAAACGAAUAGAAACUUUAUCAAAUAGAAAUUUGAAUGAAAUAAACCAUCAGAAAUAUCAAAAUAUUAAAAAAUAUAACGUUUCACCUAUAAUUAAUCAGAAACAAGCAAAUAAUAGUGAUAUAUCGUUAUAUAAAUAUUCUCAUAAAGAUCAAAAUAAAGUACCUGCUAAUAACAACAAUCCGUAUAUGUCAAAACAUGUUGAUAUUCAAUCAAAUGAAGAAUUUCUAUACAGUAAACAGAUAGUUAAGAGUCGUCAAUCUUCAAGUUUUAUUAUUCUUCGUCCACGCAAAAUAAAGUAG